UUCAUCCUUGGCGACUGAACUGAAGUGUACGAAUUAUUGAAUUUCUGAAAUAUUUUAAAAGUAUUUGGUAUUUUCACAAUAACUUAAGUUUAAUUAUUAAAAAGUGUUUCAAAAACGAUGAUUUUAUUUGCUUCAUCAAUAAUGUGACGAAGGUUUUGUCACUGUCUUAGUAAAGAUUAUAUCACAAAUCAAGCAACCCCAGUGGACUUUAGAAUCGAUAACCCAGUUUCGCUUAGUGUUUUUAAAAGCCUAGCUAAGUUCUUCUAAUUAAGUAUGUCUCUGUGAAUAUUGUGUCGCGGUUGGGCGUUGUUUAACUCGCUGUGAAUAUGUUGUUCACCCCGAUUUAUAUCGCAAUGACUUUCAUAAAAACUUGGCGAAUUCGCUCCUUCAGAGCCCGGUUACUUGAAUUUUUAAAUGGAAAUACGAGUGUAGCUUUUUGUAAAGUGCCUGAAAACGCAGCCGAAACACCAACAUUGAGCUCAAAACUUUGUACAAAUCCAAAAAAUGCAUAUCUUUGUGACUUACUGCAUUACACAAACACAACACGGAUAUGUAGUAUGAAGCCGACACAAUGUAUUGAGAUCAGCGACUGGGUUUCAUGUUCCGGGGGCCUGCCGCUUGGCUCCAGUGAGCAGUCCCCGGUGACUGAUCUGGACGUAGAUGUUCUGUUUGAGUGUGAGAUGGAGCCCCAUGAAGGCAGCUCACAGCAAGACAUCAUAACUUUGGAGUCAAUGGGCCAGCCGAUGGCUUGGAAGGCAGGCUCGCAUUUGGCAAUAGUAGUGAAAACAAAUAUUGAAAAACUUAGUGUGAUCGGUUUCAAUUUUGUGGGUGGCGAAUUUGUGAUAGACCAUAAAUUACCUGUAGUUAGAGUACAGACUGUACAGUUAUCAGGGGAAGCCAACAAAGCUACAGACCCUGCAAUGAGGAGUAUUAGAAGUGAAGUCCAGCACGGCUUAAAAGUUCCCCCUGAAGAAUUCCAGUGGCCCAUCCACGCUGCUCUCCUUAGGAAGUUAUCAAAGGUCGUAGAUAUCAAAUCCGAUGUCAAACAUACAGUAGAAAUGAAUGGCAGUACGGAAAUAACUCUAGAUACACCAAGGAAACACAUCACAUUGGCUGAUGUUAGUUGUAGUACUGGAAAAUCUUUAGGUGAAGAGGAACCAGUUAAGCUUGAAACUAAAUUAACAGAAUCGGUUCAUAAAACGCCAGAGAAGUCUCCAGAGAAAAAAGUACAGCCAGAACAAUCAGGUCCUGAAGAAGUGGUAUUAGAAAAUGUUACGGUUGAAAUCCAACACAACAUAACACCAAAGAAGUCCAGUUUGAAACUAGAUUUGAAAAAGGGUACAAGUUCAUUAUCAACGUCACUACUAAACAUAUCCAGUCAAAUUAAGUCAGUCACCACACACAAAAGAAUAGUUAGUACGACGAAAAAGCAGCCGCCACAGAUAGAGUCUAGUGUAAUAAAAGAAGAGAGCCAAAAGGAGUCUCCUCAGCAGAGUACGCCAAAGUCUGCGAAAUGUUCCCGUCCAUUAGUGAAUACUAAAUCACCGAAUGUGUUGAUAUAUUCUGAUAGUGUAGCAGCUAGGGAUAACUUGGAAGCGUCGCUAAGGAAAGUCUUGGAUUGUGAUAGGUAUAUCCUGUACAGCGUGUCAAAGGAAACGCUCGAAGCGGGCGCGUGGCGCGGUCGAGCCGCCUUAGUAGCGGUGGCGGGCUGCGUGGGACGGGGCGCGCCGCUGCUACUGGCACACUUAUUGGACGGCGGCCGGCUGCUGGCACUAUGCUCGGACCUGCUGCACACUGUGCUGCCGUACUACAAGACUGCCGAGGUUCGUGAAAAUGAAGUUGUGCAAUUCUCCUUUGAUAAGUGGAAAUCGGUGAAAAUGAAACAUCACAUUUUCUGCUACCAAGCAUCGCCAGCGAAGAAACAGUUCUCCACCGAAAGCGAUAGACAGCCAUCAAAAUACACUGGUCAUCCGGGUCACGAGUUGGAUAUCCAGGUUCUGGCUUCGGAAGAGACGUGGCGGACUCCCUCGUUAUUGCAAGCGACUGACUUGACCAACAAUGGCAUUGCAAUUUUUUCACAGAUUCAUUUAGAAGCCGAUCCCAGCGAUUAUUUAGGCGAAGAAGGUAUAAAGAGCAACGAGGCUCGCCUAGAAAUCAUCCACAAGAUCCUUGGGGAUAUCCUGGGCCUACACGUCAGGGAGCCAAGCCAACUGCCGCGCGUCGAAUACACGAGGGGAUUCUUCCUGGGAAACCACGUGCACAAGCUGUCGCUAGUGGAGAAAUGGUGCGGUGGCGCCUCGCCGCGGCUGCAGAAGUUGGGCGCCAUGACGCUGCAGUGGUGCCUGCGCGACGAGGCGCCGCUGGAGCCGCCGGCGCCCGGCUUCCUGCCCGUGCACGUGUACGAGUGCCCCGAGCACUUCUCCACCGUGGAGUACUACACGCACCUGACCUCAUCUCAACUGGGCCGCGUGGUAGUAUACGCGGACGUGCUGAGUUCGACACUAAACGUCACGGGCACGCCCCUGGCACAUGGCGUGGCGUGCGUGGCGCGGCGGCAGACGGCGGGCCGCGGCCGCACCGGCAACGCCUGGCUCACGCCCGCCCGAGGACAGGCCGCUAUAUCAGUGCAGGUGUGGCAGAAAGUCACACCGUCGCUGCCGCUAGUACAACACGCGUCCGCGUUGGCCGUGGUAAGAGCGCUGCGCUCGCAGCCUGCCUACGAACAUCUCGAAAUCAGGAUAAAAUGGCCUAACGACAUUUACUACGGGCGCGAGGUGAAAAUUGGCGGCACCGCUACCGAAGCGAACUGCACCUACAAUGACGUCGUCAUUAACAUAGGCACCGGAGUGAACAUCACAAACAGCCAGCCGACGAUGUGCGUGAACGACAUCAUAGCGGAACACAACAAGAGGCACGGAACAAAUCUCGCGCCGAUAUCUGUGGAACGGUUCCUGGCGCGAUACUGCUCCGAACUGGAACGGACUUUAGAGUAUAUGGCGAGCGACGGCGGCGUGCAGGCCUUCUUAGAGCAGUACUACCAGUACUGGCUGCACACUGGCGAAGAGAUCCGCGUGCUACUCAAAGACUCCGGCACGCCAGUAGCGGGCUGCGUGGCGGGCGUGGACGAGGCGGGCUGGCUGCUGGUGGCCACGCCCACGGGCGAGCUGCGCGUGGCGCCCGACGGGAACACCUUCGACAUGAUGGCCGGGCUCGUGGCGCCCAAGAUGUGAUGUAGUGGUAAGACACUUUUCUUACGCCCGUAUUCACAAACGAUGCUUGCUUAGGUGAAGCAGCAAAUCGAGCGCAGAGUGUUGAGUAGAGCUCUGUGAUUUGUUCGUGUGUCACCCUGUGCGUUCACGCGCACUGUGAGACCUCAUAGUAACGUUUGUGAAUACGGGCGUUAGUCUGCGAGCAAGAUACUGGCGACGGCCGAGCGAUGGCGGAGCGACGCGACGGCGGAGCGUUGCGCUCCAUUUACGUUUCAACAUCGUUUGAACUAGCUGUCAAAACGAUACCGCAAUACGGAUUUGUCAAAACAGCUGAUGUUCGUUCGUCGUCCAGUCGCGUUGCAGUUAAAAUUUUUAGCGCUAUCGGGCCCCAGGAAAUGCAGUGAGCUGUCAAUAUUACAGGUUACACAUUAUUUUUGAGUUAGGUUACAUUUAGCUGCACAGGAACCCGCUUUUAACAGCAAAUUCAAUCAGAUAGCUACCAGUCAAACCUUUUUCAUGUACAUAAAGCUGCAGAUAAGGUUAAUUACGUCAAAAAAGUUCUAUCGUUUACAGUCCACCGGUAAGUUAUGGCCGUAUAUCCCGACAUUCUCUAGCAAGAAAGCCCACCUCUCAAUAUUUAAUUUUAUCUUUUAACGUACUAGUCAUAACAAGCACCCAAUGCGCAAGUUUAAUGUAAUUCUUUGCAUCGAAAUUCAUAAAGCACCCGCGAUACGCAGCGUUCUAGACGCACGUCUCGAAUGCCUGCCCUAAAAAAAUAACUUUUGAGUAAAGAUUUUUUUUUCUACAGGCACUGAACUACUACCGUCACCGUCGCCGUUAGUGUUACCAGCAUAAUAAAUGGAUAAACAAAGUCAAAGUGAUGUCAAUAAACGCUAACUUAUGUGAUUGAUAGUUUAAAGAUGAUGAAAUGACUUUAGAAAUAGGAUACUUGCUCACUACAAAUGGAAUAAAUGGAAUGAAAUGAA